ACUGGUGAUUAUGUUAAAACAAAGUGCCAAAUUCAUUGGGAGCAGAGUUAGACGCGCUGCUCCUCAGGAGACAAAGCUUUAACUCCUCUGAUGCAAAAAUGUACAGCUUGAGCUUUGGAAAAGUGAACCAGGCGGACACCCCAGGUCUGUUGGCACUGGUUGCCUUGGCGAUACUGCUGCCCGGGUCAGCUUUGGGGGCUAAGCCCGAGACUGGAAAUGGUUGCUGCCCAGGUUACAUGAAAAAGGAGAUGAAUGCAAAAUUCUUCAACCGGUUCCAAAGGAGUUAUCAAGACGUCACAGUCUGUGGCAGCCAGCAAGCAGCAGUCAUGUUUAAACUAAAAGACGGAACUUCCAUGUGUGUGGACCCACGGAGGGACUGGGUGAAGCUGCUGAUGAAACGGAUCGAUAAAGCCACAAGGAGCCAACGUAAACCAGCGGUCAAAAACCAGCCCCAGAGACAAACCGGCGCCAGCGGCACAAGGGCAACCAAACCACCAACAUCUGGCAGCCCCACUUCCAGACCAGCGACCAGCACAGGCCAGGAAGUGAGCAGCAACCCUGCAGACUCAACAGAGGGCCACAGUGAAACCUCAGCACAUCCUCAGCAGGGAGAAGGAUCCAGCGCUCUAACUUCCGAGAACCAAAUCGGCACUCGCCCAGCAAUGCCUGUGGGCGAUGCCAACACAUCGAGCUCAACGAGGGCGCUGGGAACUCUCCCAUUCACCCCAACGACAGCUGUAAUCCAGGAAACAACAUGGAGAACCACAACAUCAAUAGAACCACGGGGCAGCGGCCACACCUCCAGGAAGAGUCACCAGGGUGAAGGGGACGGCCUCCAAGCUUCUGAGGGGCAGACCGGCACUAACCCGCCGAUACCCUGGGGUGCCAGCACGGCGAGCUCGGCGUCGAGGCCUGGAGCCGCUGGACCCGCUCAAACGGCAGCCGUGCUGAGGGAGACUCCGCCAGGCACCGUAACAUCUACCGCACCACCGGGAGGCGGAGGGCCGGAGAAGGAGGUGCCAGAGACCCAGGCCUCGAGCCCUUCCCCGGGGGAAGCGCAGUCGGGGGGAGCCAGAGCGGAUGGCCCAGCCUCGUGGUCCGGCCGGGGCGGGGAGCUGGUCAAAACAGACCGGCGGGAAGGCACCGAGCCCACGAUGAAGCGGCUGCCAAAGAGCCACCUGGCAGUUUCCGUCCUCCUCCUGCUCACCUUUCUCUUGGUCUCCGUCAGCACCUACCUGUACUGCAAGAAGCGUGGGGGGCAAGGUCAGAGGUAUCACAGUGCUUCAGUCGAAUGCACCGAAGAUGUGUGCAAUGCUUUGUAACCAGCCUGCCUCACGCCAACUGGUCUGAAGGGACGUUGCUGAACACUUGCAGUUCUGAAGCCUAUCAUUUCCAAACUUUCAAAUCCUGCCAAGGCCUCACUCCAUUCCCUAUCUCUGUAACCCCCUCCGGCCCUUACCACCGUCCGAGAUCUCUGCACCCUCCCAUUCUCGCCGAUUGAGCAACCACCCACCCACCCCCCCACC